GAAUUGGAAAAAAUAUUUAUGCAAAAAAUUGCAGAAAUGCCUUCAGAAGAAAUAGAGCUGUCUGUUGUGGGAAACAGAAAUGUUAAAAGAAAAAUCAGAAUUUCGUCUCAAGGAGAAAUAGAAGAAAAUGUUGUUGUUGAUCCACCAGUAACUAAGAAAAAAAUAAUGUCCCAGAAAGGAAUGAGGAAUCCAUUUCCACGUCCGGUAAUUGCAAUGUUACCACAGCGGACAACACUGGUUCCCUUAUCAAUUAUGCAGUCAACCAGUACAACGUCUUCAAAACCUGCAACAAAGGUAAAGAAAGGUAUUAAGAGGAAAGCAGACACAACUACUCCUACUUUAUCACUAAAUACAACCAGCUGUGAAUCUUCUCCAACCUUUAAUGAAACAAAGCAAAAUAAAAUCCCUGCUGGACCAGAGAAAAUUCGAUUUGUUGAACCACCAGGACGAGACCUCCCUGAUUCACAGCAUCCAGUGAAAAGCAAUCCUUUAUCCGAACAGCUGAAGCACUGUAACAGUAUCCUUAAUGAGAUGAUGUCAAAAAAACACGAAGCCUAUGCUUGGCCAUUUUAUAAACCUGUAGAUCCUUCAACUCUUGGCUUGCUUGAUUGUGUGGAUGGAAUGAAUGAUCCAAUGGAUCUUGGAACUAUCAGAGCUAAAAUGGAGAAUGGAGAAUACAAAGAUACACGAGAGUUUGCUUCUGAUAUUCGACUGAUGUUCACAAAUUGUUACAAAUACAAUCCACCAGAAAAUGAAAUUGUCAACAUGGCUAGAAAAUUACAGGAUGUUUUUGAAAUUAUGUUUGCCAAAGUACCAGAUGAACCUGUUGAGACUAUGACUGAAAAGUAUAAAGCUUCAUCCAAUGGGAGCAGCAGUAGCUCUUCAUCUGAAAAUAGCUGCUUUUCUGACUCUGAAGAUGAAAGGGCGCGGGGCUUGGCUUUGCUACAUGAGCAGCUCAGAAUGUUUCAAGAACAACUCAAAGCUUUGACCGCAGGUCCUCCAGCCAAAGUGAAGAAAAAGAAAUCUAAAAAAGAAAAAAAUAAGAAAAAAAUGAAGGAGCGAAAAAAACGCUCAAAGAAAAAACUAAACUUGAUUAACAAGAAGAAAAAGUUAAAACAGAAAGAACUGAAGAAGAAAUCAUUGCUUGGUGACUCAAAGAAGAAGAAACUGCAUGAAUCGUCUGAUGAAGACCAUGGCAAACCCAUGACUUAUGAUGAAAAAAGGCAGUUAAGCUUGGACAUCAAUAAAUUGCCUGGAGAAAAGCUUAGGAGGGUUGUUAAUAUUUUACAAUCUAGAGAACCCUCACUGAAAGACUCUAACCCUCAUGAGAUAGAAAUAGAUUUUGAGACACUGAAACACUCAACCCUGAGGCAUCUAGAAAAAUAUGUCACGGUAUGUCUACGGAAGAGGCCCAAAAAAUCCAACGCUGAAAAAUCCCAAAAAUCAAAAGAACAAAUUAAUAAAGAAAAGAAACAAGAACUAGAAAAAAGGUUACAAGAUGUCAGUGUGCAGUUAACCUCCGCUAAGAAUUCUAAAGCCUUAGAGGACGUGACCGCAGCCCCACAGAUUAUGGGAGGCCCCAGCCGACUUAGUGAAAGCAGUAGUAACAGCUCCUCAAGUUCUGAUGAAAGCAGCAGCAGCGAUUCCAGCACUUCUGAUAGCAGUGACUCUGAAUCAGAAUUAAACCUCCCUCUGCAUUUCAUUAAAGAAGUAAUUUCACCUAUAAAACAAGAAAAGUUGCCUCAUCCAGAAGUGUCCACACUUACUACUCUACCUAAACCUGAUUACAGAAAUGACUCACAAUCUUCAGAGGAUUGUAUACCACCCAUAUCCAGAGAGCCACUAAAACAAUCCUGGGAUAUUUUUUAUGUAUUUCCAGAUCAAUUUCCUCCUUUAGUUUUCACCAGUGUUUUAUCACCUAUCCGUUCUCCUCCGUUUGACCAUAUACCUGCACAAGCCCACAGAAAACCAUCUUCAUCUGAACAUUGUCCACAACAAAUGGAUAGAUCUGCUUUGGAGGAUUUACACUUUUCACAACCUGGAUAUGAUGCUAGGCAAGAAUCAUCCAACACAAGCACGCCAGUGGUUCAUCUUGAAGCUCCCGCUGAUUGUAAAAAAGAUAACCUUACCAAAUCUGACACUGCUUUUGGAAACUGUUCUGAUCACCCUGUAUUGCAAACUAUCCAGAAGGACGAUAUGACAUCAUCCCAGGAAGACGGUGUUAUACAGAGAACCCCAGACACAAAAGUGGAUAAUCUAAAAAAGAAUGCAACAACAAAAAAUGCGCCUUGCUGGGCUAGUCUCUCAAAAACUCUCACCACGACCACCACCACCACACCCUCAUCGAUAAAGUCAUCCAGCAACAUCUUUCUGCAGUUCAAAAAAGCAGCACUGGCAAAAGAAGAGCGGGAGAGAGCGCUAAAGGCCCAAGAAUUAAAGGGACAGCAGGACUGUCACGUUGAGAAAGAUGACAAAAUCAGAAAAACAACAAACUGUGAUACAACUGAGCCAAUAUCUGUUCAACCUUCUGAUCUAUGCAAUGAAGAUGACCGCAGUUUGCAAAGAAAGAAGGAGCAAGAGCGCCGACGAAGAGAAGCGAUGGCUGGAACCAUUGACAUGUUUCAACAGAGCAAUAUUAUGGCAUCGUUUGAAGAGACUCUUUGAAACGUCCAUGGAUUUUAAAGCCAAUCCCUUUAUACUUUGAGAAAAAGUCACUUCCUAAUAUGAGUUGUCAAUGGAAAAAAGACGCAAAUGUUGUUAAAAAUAACUGUAAUUUAUGUUAUAAGCACUUAAUAUUUAUAAUACUCCUUGUACAGCCCAUUAAAGAUUUCAACAGAAAUUGCUAUACAGAUUGUAGUUACUUUUCGAUAUCUUAUGCAUCUUUAAGAUUCUAUAUUUUGUGAAUCUUCACUGUUUUCUUGCAACAAAUACUUCUUACAUAAUGUAUACAUAGUAUUGGUUUCUUGUCAAUUAACCAAUGAGCAACGACCUAGAAUGUUAGUUUUGGAAUGAGAAGAAAAAGCCUUGAGUUGAUUGUUAUGUUCGAAAGAACAACACAUAAUGUAAAUGUAAAUUUAACAUAAUUUGUAUGGAUUUAAGAAGUCGUUUUUUGCAUAUUGUACUUUCUAUUUAUUUUAUGCAUGUAAUUUGCUGUAUUAUGUUUCAAUGACAAAUGCCUUAGAGAAAGCCUUUGCUUGGGACAAAUGAAUUUUGUAAAAAUUUGUGUUCACUUGUUUUGUACAGCAUUUAAUAUAAUAAAAAAAGCUGUAAUAUGA